UGAUAACGAAGUCAGAGUUGUAUAUUUAACUUCAUGAAUAGUUUGUACAAAUUGUAAAUAAAAAGACUCAAAUUCAAUGAAUUCAUUUGAUUCUCUGCUUCCUCUUCAGUUUCAAAUAACCUAAAAUUAUAGUAAAUCAUUAUAUGUAGUAAUAUAUGUUUCCGUGUCCAUUACUUACAAUACAUCCUAGUCUUAAUUUAUUUAAUGCUGAAUGAAAUUUGUGGAGUAAGAUAAAUUCAGCGGGUUCUCUAAGCCUGUUUCUUUAUAAUUAAACUCUAAAACGAGAGGUCGUGAAAUACAAAAGCCGUUUCUUGUUAGUUCUAAAAUAGGUAAUGAUUAUUUUGUUUUAGAAUCACUAAUAUCGUAUAUUGGUAGAUAAAAGCAUCUAACUAUGUAGACGUUCUUAAAUAUUGAGUACCACCCAGAAUCUACUUUCAGCUUUGUGUAUCUAGACCGUGAAUUCGUACAUGGGCUAUCUACUUGCCCAAAACUCGAUAAUUAAAGUUCAUUUCUAACUUAAAAUAUAGAACUAAGUCCCCUGAACUCACUAAACCACAGCUUGAUCUUUUCAAAAAUGUCAUCGGAAUAAAUUUACAUGUUUACUUUGUGACUACAUUUUCUGAAUACAUUAACAAACUCCUGACUAUUUCAUUCUUUUUUCCUUAUACUUCAGGUGAAAUUAAACGUAGUAUUUCAUCAAUCUAUAAUCAAAUAAUUGUUCAGUAUAAUGAUAUGAUUCAAAUUUUAAUUCCCUCAACUCUUUAUAUUGUACAGAAUAAUUUACUAUAUUUUGCUAUUUCACAUUUGAAUGCUGUUUUAUAUCAAAUACUUUAUCAGAGUAAAAUAUUCACUACCGCUAUAUUUAUGAUAUUAUUGUUAAAUCAACGCCUACGUACAACUCAAUGGUUUGCUCUUUUAUUACUCAGUACCGGUAUUAUCUUAACACAGUUGCCUUCAUUAGAUCAAUCAACAUCGAGCAGUGAAUUCUAUUCAAAUUUGUAUGGGUUGUUAGCAAUUCUAUUGGCUUCUGUUACUAGCGGCUUUGCUGGUGUUUACCUUGAGAAAAUAUUUAAAGGAACACCAACUUCGAUCUGGAUGCGAAAUCUACAGUUAGGUCUUUUCGGUGUGCCAAUCGGUCUGUUUGGAGUUUUCAUUAACGAUGCAUCAAGAGUCAAAACUCUGGGGUUUUUUUACGGUUACACACCUAUCGUUUGGAUUGUAGUUAUUCUUCAGGCGUUUGGAGGGCUAGCAAUAGCCUUUGUCAUGAGAUAUGCUGAUAACAUUUUGAAAGGUUUCUCUAUGGGUCUAUCAAUGAUUCUGUCAUCUGUCAUAUCUUAUUUCGUAUUUGAUGAUUUUACUCCAAACAUGUAUUUAUUUGUCGGAUCCAUAUUAGUUAUCAGUGCAACGCUAAUAUACGGUCUCCCAGCAAAGUAUAACCCAGUCUCUACAGUUUACCAAAACGUAAACAAAGCAUAGACUUGCAGGAUAUGUUACAUCAACAAAGUGAGAACAAUCAAAUUGUAAAGCUUUUUUCUGGAAAAAUAAAAAUGACGUUCUGUUAUAA